UCUCACCAUUGCAGCUUUUAAAUAAGACUUCGGUGAGCCUGCGUACAACACAGAGGCUUGGAAAAUUGGUUUAAUCUAUUUCCUAUUCAGUUCAAUACACAUGAAAAUGAAGAUGGGUUUAGUUUGUUUCCUACUCUUGCUUUUCUCUGCACUUCCCACUUACACCUCCCGAUCCUCUCCUUCUCCUCACACAGAUGAAGACGCUCUUCUAUCUUUUAAACAUUCCCUCACUCUUGACCCCUACAAUUCCUUGGUCGAUUGGUCUCCACAUCACUCUUUCUGCAACUGGACUGGCAUUCUCUGCUCUUCUCGUCAUCAGCGCGUGGUUUCUUUGAAUCUAACCGGUAUGUCAUUGCAAGGUCCCAUCUCUCCUUUCCUUGGCAAUCUCUCUUUUUUUAGAGUACUUUCUCUUAGACGUAACAGAUUUCAAGGUCAGAUUCCUUCUCAAUUGGGAAGAUUGUUUCGUCUAAGGAUACUUAGAUUGUCUAAAAAUGAACUGGAAGGUUCCAUUCCCCCCACUUUAAUAGGGUGUCGUUCUUUGCAACAACUCACAUUGUCUUAUAACAAUUUGAGUGGUAGCAUUCCCUCUGAGCUUAGCCUUCUUUCAAGUUUAGAAUAUCUUUAUUUAGGAGUAAAUCACCUAACUGGAGUGAUCCCAUCUUCCCUAGGAAAUCUCUCCUUACUAACUAACAUGGAAUUGGGAGAUAACAAACUCCAUGGUGGUAUUCCUAUUGAAUUGGGUAUGCUUACUGAAGUCAUCGUGCUUGAUCUUGGUGACAACUACUUGACAGGAGUGAUUCCCAUUUCUCUUUUCAACUGCACUCAUCUCCAAAAUUUGUCACUUUUGUAUAACAACUUAACUGGGCACAUUCCUUGGGAAAUUGGCAAAUUAUCAGAGUUGCAACAACUACUAUUAGACGAAAACCAACUCACUGGAGAAAUCCCAAGCUCUCUCUCUAAUUGUACUCAACUUCAAUAUCUUGACUUAGAUACUAACCAAUUGAGUGGUAAGGUGCCCUUAGAAUUGGGUUAUUUACACCAACUUGUAAACCUUAAUUUAGGUACAAAUAGUCUUGUGGGUGGGGGCAAUGAUUUGUCUAUUCUAAAAGCCUUGACUAAUUGCUCUUCUUUACAAUCUCUAAUUUUGGAUCAUAAUUAUUUCGUUGGCACUAUGCCCACUUCUAUUAGCUGCCUUUCAAGCCAACUCAAUGGUUUAGAUUUGUCCUCCAAUAGAAUUGCGGGAAAUAUACCAAGUGGUAUUAGCAACCUCACAAAGUUGUCAUUCAUAGACUUAUCUGGAAAUCAUUUCAAUGGAACUAUUCCAUCCUCACUCAGCCAACUUCUACAUCUUGAAAGAUUGCUUUUGGGAAAAAAUAAUUUAUAUGGAAGUAUUCCAAAAAGUUUGGGUCAAGUAAAAAGUCUUGGGUUAUUAUCAUUGGAGGAUAACAUGCUUUCAGGGAGAAUCCCAGAUAAUCUUGGCAAUCUUCCGCAACUAAGAGAUCUUCUUCUUCAUCACAAUCAAUUGUCAGGAGAAAUACCUUCUAGUUUAGGAAGAUGCAACACUUUGGAGGUGUUGGGCUUGUCUCACAACAAGCUACACGGAAAUAUACCCCUAGAAUUAGUUGGUCUUAAGAAUAUCCAAUUUUAUUUUGAUAUCUCCAACAAUUUAUUACAAGGCUCUCUUUUAGUUGUGACCAAAAUGGUCAUGGUCCAGUUAAUAGACGUGUCUAUGAACAACUUCUCAGGGGAAAUUCCACCUGAACUAUCAAGCUGCACAAACCUGCAAUAUUUGAAUCUUUCAUGGAAUUCAUUUGAUGGCCCAAUACCCGUGUCACUCACAAAUCUAAAAAAUCUUCAAGAGAUUGAUCUUUCAAGAAACAAUUUAUCAGGGGCAAUCCCACUGGCUUUCCAAGAGAUGAAACCACUUCGACAUAUUAAUCUCUCUUCAAAUGGAUUAAUAGGAGAGGUUCCAAAAGGAGGUGUUUUUGCAAAAAUUGAUGAGUCAGCAAUUAUGGGAAAUCUUGGCCUUUGUGGCACAUGGAUAAAAUUGCCACCAUGCCUUCAUUCCAAGCCCAAAGAACAAUUGGUCUCCAAGAAGGUGAUCAUUUAUGUUGUGAUCGGCAUUACAAUUUUCAUCAUGUUUUUUCUAUUGCUUAUCUUUUUCUAUAGAAAAAGACAUAGAAAGAACUUUCCUCUCAAUGUGUGGCCUCCAAAAAUUUCAUAUGAUGAACUCGUUGGUGCAACUGGUGGCUUUAGUGAAGAAAAUCUAAUAGGAAUUGGAAGCUUUGGAUCUGUUUAUAAAGGGAUUCUAAAAAAUGGUACAAAUAUUGCUGUUAAGGUACUCAAUUUGCAAGAUGCAAAUGCUCUCCAAACAUUUGAUACAGAAUGUAAUGUGCUAAAAAGAGUCAGGCAUCGUAAUGUGGUCAAAAUAAUUUCAACUUGUUCCAAUCUUGAUUUUAAAUCUUUGAUAUUUCCAUUCAUGUCAAAUGGAAGUUUGGGGAGAUGGCUAUAUCCUGAGGGAGAAGAUGAAUGUAGAUUAAAUUUGAUUGAUCGAUUAAGAAUAGCAAAGGAGAUAGCACAUGGAAUGGAAUAUCUACAUCAUCAUUGUUUUGUGCAAGUCAUUCAUUGUGACCUAAAACCCAAUAAUGUGUUGUUAGGAGAUGACAUGACUCCAUAUAUAGCAGACUUUGGCAUUACCAAACUUCUAUUUGGAGAUUUAAGAACUUCUACAAAUGAACUAAAGGGAUCUAUUGGCUACAUUGCACCAGAAUAUGGAGUGGGUGGAAAUGUUUCACCAAAAGGAGAUGUAUAUAGCUAUGGAAUUCUACUUAUGGAGUUGUUGACAAGGAGGAGACCUAUAGAUGACAUGUUUGUAGAAGGAAUCAGUCUAUCAAUAUGGGUAGGCAUGCAUUUUCCAAAUAGAAUCACAGAAGUGUUGGACAACAACCUGCUUAUAGAUGUUAAUGAAUCAGAAUUAUCAAUGGUAUUGUCAUGCCUUACUCAAUGUAUGCAAGUAGGGCUGGAUUGCACAAGGGAGCUGCCACAACAACGACCAAAUAUGAUGGAGAUAGUUAAAAGAUUAGAAAAAAAAACAAUGACAUUUCUUGGUACUCGAUCCUUUCAAUUGCCCAUAGAUAUCAUGCCUUUUCUUGAGAGUACAAGUGGUCUAAAAAACACUAAGUCAGGGAGGAAUGAAGAUUGGUCUACAUCUACAUCUUAGAUCUUUAUUAAUUAUGGCUUCCUUGUUUUUAAAAGAUCACAUUUAAAUUUACCAUAUGAGUUUGGAAAAUUGUCAAGAUAUGUACUUUUGAAUGUGUGAUAUUUGAACAAACUUUGAAGAUUUAGAAACAAGAUGUA